GAUAAGAUAAUGUUGUAUAUAGUGUGCAAGACUUUCUGAAAGUCACGUGUCAUUUGUAUCCUUCUAAUAUGUCCAUUGUUUUCCUCGAGUGCACGGUGUUACAUUAAAACAUGUUGAAGUGGAGGUUGAUUUUCACAACACUUAUCCUAUACACAGUCUACACAGUGACAGAAUCCAAGAAUAAGGAAAGAGAAUCGGAGAGUGAGACUGCAGACGAAGAAAGCGAAGAAUGGUAUGACCCGUGUGAAUCUAUCUGGUGGAACAAACUAUACAGAGUAGAGCAGCCUAGGUAUCAAGAGUUUGAACAUUUUCUGGACUGCCUCCGAGAUUAUGAUGGCAUCUAUGUGGCACAGCGAGAGCUCUCCUCACUGGGGCAUGGCAGGAAUGUGCCAAGGGGCUGGUGGACAAGGUACCGCGCCCACACACGCAACCAUCCCUAUCCCUUGACACUGGAGACGUACGAAGAGUUUGAGUCUUACAUAGAUGAUUUAAAAGAGACAUUCGUAGUAGCAGUAGACAGAUUUAACUUUCAAGCCUUCUGGAAUGAGACAGACAUUCCAGAGGAGUGGUGGACCCAGUACGAGGCGACACACACAAAACCAGCGAAGAAUCCAGACAGGAGUAAAACUGGGAAAGUUUCUUUCUGAUUUGUUUCCGUCAGUUUCUACAACAGACUUUGUCAUUUGUCUGAACCAAUAUGUACAUUGAAUAAAAGAAACAGUAACAAUAGAUAUAAA